CGACAUUCCUCUCUUUCUAUGCUGUUUGGUUGGGUUGCUAGGUACAUUCCGAUCCGCCCCGCCUCUUGCUCGGCUGAAUCAAGUGAUUCAGAGUCUUUGGACUUCCCUUCGUCAGUGUGUGGUGGCAAUGGGUUCGACAGCGAGCGAGAUUACUUGUGAACAGCUGGAGAGAAUGAUGGUGGAUGGCAGAGUGACCAUCUUCGAUGUCCGUAACCCGGACGAGCUGGAAAACGGCAGGAUCGUUGGAUCUGUCAACAUUCCAGUCGACAAGGUGAAGGAUGCCUUCUCACUGGACGCGGAGAACUUCCAGGACCAGUUUGGGGCGGAGAAGCCGAAACUGGAAUCGAUGGUCGUGUUUUACUGCAAGGCGGGGCGCCGAGGGAACACGGCCGUGACGAUCGCCCGGGAUCUGGGCUACACCAGGGCCGUGAAUGUAAUUGGUGGUUUCCAGAAGUGGACUGGCGAAGACUAGGCUGUGUGGGCGGAACGUGAGGAUGUUUCCCUGACUGCAUCGUCCGUGGCAACGGCUCACUGGAACCAGGAAACUGACAAAGGAUUAAAACUUGCUCAGGGA